CGGCAGUGUCGCAUUUGCCAGCGUCGAAGAGGCCGUGUCGUAUGAUUUAUUAAGAAAUAAUUGUUGCCAUGGCAGCCGGCUUCGUCGGUUCUACUAAAAGCUUUCCAUUCUCCUUUGAUGUCGACGUAGACGAGGAGGAACACAGUAGGGGCACACCUCAUCUUAACAAACGAAUAGGUAGUGAGAGCCCGACAAGUGCAGUAGGGGCGGAGGCGCCCCGGGAGCUUCCAAAUGAAUUGUCGGCGCCCUACGAGGUACCACAGUUCCCUAUAGAACAAAUUGAGAAGAAGCUUCUCAUACAGCGUCAACUCAAUGUCAAGGCUGCAGAAUGUGGGCAGUCGGCUCGCUCGUUCGCGGGUAGCGAGGCUGGCGGAGCGGUGUUUGAAGAAGCCGCCCGCCUAAGAGCUGAUGAUGAUGACUUGGACGUCAUACUUCCUCACUUUCAGCGAGUUGCCAUCAGCGGAGAAGAUACCUCCGGGGUGCCGCUAGAAGACUUGCAGCAAGCCUCCUCUUAUCUGGUGCAAGCUUUAGACAUCCGCAAGCGAUACAUGGAUAUCUCCAACCAGACCUUCUGCAGCAUCACGGCGCGAUUCCUCAGAUCAAUAGACCCGGAAGCUGCAGCCAAUCAUACACCGAUUGUUAAAGCACCUCAAAGACAUAUAGCUGAUCACAUAGUCCACCCCCCUUUCAAAGACAACAAAGACCCGUGGGAAUGUCCGAUGCCGGAGGCUAAAGACUAUAAAAUCAAGUCGGAUGCCGGAGUCUUCAACCUGUACAGAGACGAGGAGUGCAAGGAAAGAGUGCCGUAUGAGUACGUCACCCUGACCCAGUAUAUACAGGACAUGAAUGUUAUGUGCACGAUGAUCGCUGAUGGACCGUUGAAAUCGUUCUGCUACCGUCGCCUGAGUUACCUAUCAUCCAAGUUCCAGUUACACGUACUUCUCAAUGAGUUACGUGAACUUGCGUCACAAAAGGCCGUUCCGCACCGGGACUUUUAUAAUAUUCGUAAAGUAGACACACAUAUACACGCGGCAUCGUGUAUGAACCAGAAGCACUUGCUUCGCUUUAUUAAAAAGACGCUGAAAAAUCAUGCUGACGAGGUGGUGACACUCCACAAAGGCACACCGAUGACGUUAAAGGCUGUAUUCCAAUCAAUGAACCUAAGCACAUACGAUCUUACGGUUGAUAUGCUCGACGUACACGCAGACCGCAACACGUUUCACCGAUUUGACAAGUUCAACGCUAAAUACAACCCUAUCGGAGAAAGUAGACUUAGGGAAGUCUUCCUAAAAACUGACAAUUACAUGAAUGGAAAAUAUUUCGCUAGGAUAAUUAACGAAGUAGCAGCAGACUUAGAAGAGAGUAAAUACCAGAAUGCAGAGCUCCGUCUGUCCAUAUACGGCAAGAGUCCCACAGAAUGGGCCAAGUUGGCCAAAUGGGCGAUACAGUAUGACGUUCACUCAAAUAAUGUACGCUGGCUGAUACAAAUACCACGGUUAUAUGAUAUUUUCAAAUCGAACAAGAUCAUGAACAACUUCCAAGAAUUCUUGAGUAACAUUUUCGAGCCUCUGUUUGAAGUGACCAAAGAUCCCAAUAGCAAUAUUGAGCUUCACAAAUUCCUUACGCACGUAGUCGGAUUCGAUAGCGUGGACGAUGAAUCGAAACCGGAGAAUCCGAUGUUAGACCCAGACGUCCGCGUGCCCUCGCAGUGGGACGACGAGGAGAAUCCGCCCUACGCCUACUAUCUUUACUAUAUGUACGCUAAUAUUACCGUACUGAAUCACUUCAGGAAGGAACAAGGUCUGAACACAUUUGUGUUACGACCGCACUGUGGUGAAGCCGGUCCAGUGCAACAUCUCGUCUGUGGGUUCAUGCUCGCUGAGAACAUCUCGCACGGAUUGCUCUUGAGGAAGGUGCCAGUGCUGCAAUACCUGUACUACCUAGCCCAGAUCUACAUCGCGAUGUCACCUCUGAGUAACAACUCCCUCUUCCUCAAUUACCAUCGGAAUCCGCUUCCGGAGUUCCUGGCUCGUGGCCUUUGCAUCACACUCAGUACUGAUGAUCCGCUGCAGUUCCACUUCACCAAGGAGCCUCUAAUGGAGGAAUACAGCAUUGCGGCGCAGGUGUGGAAGCUCAGCUCGUGUGACAUGUGUGAGCUGGCACGGAACUCGGUGCUCAUGUCGGGCUUCCCGCACGAGAUGAAACAAUACUGGCUAGGUCCCACCUACACAAAGGAGGGUGUGGCCGCAAACGAUAUAACUCGCACUAAUGUACCGGAUAUACGUAUCUCUUUCCGAUAUGAGACUAUACUCGACGAACUAACCAAUAUAUUCAAGGACGGGAUGUCGACUUGCUGAAACCGGAUGGGACGCGUGCUUUGGUUAUCAUUUUGUUUAAUGUAUAAAGAGCAGUAGAUGAAAAAUAAACUUAAUAAAAGCAAAACUAGACUGAAUAUCGGAAUCAUUUUGUUUUGUAGAAAUAAAGCAUCAAUUACCAAUUAAAGUAUGUUUUUUGCAUUCAUUCGUUUGCAUUUCAUACGAUUUUUUAUAAAUUUCAAUGAUUUCUCAGUGAGUGUGGUUAGUUAAUAUUUUUCAAGCUAAAAAGUAAAAACUUUUGAUCUGCUGCUCUUUAUAAAUGGUUUUAUAACUUCUGUAGUUUUGGAUAUAUUAUUAUAUUUCAUUUAAUAAACACUUCAUUUAAUUGUAAUUUAAUCAAUGUUAAUUUCAUUGUCUAACAUAUGCUGGUAUAUUUAUGGUUUAAGAAAUCAUUUGCUAUUUGGAUUUUAAUAUCGUAUUGAUUUAAGAAAAAAAAAUAUUGCUUGGGCUACUUUUGGGAUGAUGUAUACUAAUGUGAUAAUUGGGUGCGAAUCAAAUUGCUUCUGAAAUCUUUUUCAUCAAUUUUUUUAAUGUUUCAUAUUUUUUUAUUGAUUUAAUAGUUAGUAAUUAUUGAAGAAUCGAAUUAUAAAGAAGAGAAUCUCUCAAAAAUUGUAAUUCUUGAAUAACAAUAUCUGGUCCCUUUAUAGUGAUUUUUAUAUCUCCAUUUUCAUCAGUGUCAAAUUGUGCCUGCGGUUAUAAGAUGUAAUCUUUUAUAUAUAAAAAGUAUAUAUUAGAAGCUAGUAUAUAUGGGCUAUUAAUUGUAAACGAUGUAAACUUAUUUUUUUAUUUCGUUCCAAAUGGCUAAGUUAAGUUUAACAACUUCUUGCUGUCUCCGCUGACUGUAGAUUGAUAAUAUAAACUAUUUUUAAUACAUUCAACGUGUCAUUGUGUAUGUUUUAAAAGUGCUAAUGUGUGUCUAUAAGGCUUAUGUUCUUGUGUGUAUUGCAUGAUUUUACGAACAUUGCGUUAACUAAUUAUAACGUAUUUACUAAAUUUUUUUUCAAAAAAUCGUUACAAUCAUUGUUUAUACAUCCUGAGACAUAUCUUAACUAUGUUCUGCAAUAGAAACAUGUUAUCAGUACAUAUAACUUGUAGUUAUAUUUAUUUAUUUUUGUUUCUUUUAAAAAUAUUUUUUACAAACAUAAAAUUAUUCUAACGUGCAAUUUAAGUAA